AGUUAUGUUGCCGGCAGUGUUGCAAAUGCAAACAGCAGUCUGAAACUGAAAUGGGGCGAGGCAGAGGAGGGAAGAGCCGCACACAGAGAAAGCAUUUCCAGCAAAACAGAGAGAACGUUUGGAAGCCACCACGUCCAGAAUCACUUCCUUCUCCCACAAAUCUUUUUGAUAUUCAAAACGCUGAUUUCGAUCACUAUUACAAGGACCAAAACAUCGUGUCACCGGAAGAAUGGGAUUCAUUCAUGCAACUUCUAAGAACUCCGUUACCUGCAGCAUUUAGAAUCAAUUCCAGUAGCCUUUUUCAUGCCGAUAUUCGAUCCCAGCUGGAAAAUGACUUUGCACCCGAUCUUCAGUCCAUGGUUGAUGAAGGGGAUGAGGAGGAUGCUAUUAAGCCUUUGCCAUGGUAUCCGGACAAUUUUGCUUGGCAUUCUAAUUUUUCCCGUAUGCAGCUCAGGAAGAAUCAAGCACUUAAGAGGUUUCAUGAAUUCUUAAAGCUAGAAAAUGAAAUUGGAAAUAUUACGAGACAGGAAGCUGUCAGCAUGGUGCCUCCUCUGUUCUUAGAUGUACAGUCAAAUCAUAUUGUACUUGAUAUGUGUGCUGCACCAGGUUCAAAAACAUUCCAAUUGCUUGAGAUUUUACACCGAUCAACUAAAGCAGGAUCACUGCCCGGUGGAAUGGUUAUAGCAAAUGAUCUAGAUGUACAAAGAUGUAAUCUUCUCAUCCACCAAAUAAAACGAAUGUGCACAGCAAACCUAAUUGUCACCAACCAUGAAGCUCAGCACUUCCCAACAUGUUAUUUGAAAACGGAUUGUGAUAUAAUGGGUCCAGAUCAGCGUACUUCCCAACUGCUAUUUGAUCGUGUUCUGUGUGACGUGCCAUGCAGUGGUGAUGGUACCCUCCGCAAGGCACCUGAUCUCUGGAGGAGAUGGAACACAGGAACGGGAAAUGGGCUUCACAACCUACAAAUUUCAGUUGCCAUGAGAGGCCUAUCUAUACUUAAAGUUGGUGGGAAAAUGGUUUAUUCAACCUGCUCGAUGAACCCUAUUGAAAAUGAAGCUGUUGUUGCAGAGCUUUUGCGGAGGUGUGAAGGGUCUGUUGAACUUGUUGAUGUCAGCAGUGAGCUUCCCCAACUUAUUCGUCGGCCAGGUCUUAAAAGAUGGAAGGUGUGUGACAAGGGUGAGUCCUUGGUUUCCUGUAAAGAGGUUCCCAAGGUUCGUAGAAGUGUAGUUCUUCCCAGCAUGUUUCCAAAUGGUGGAAGCUAUCGAGAUAUUGACUGUAACGGUAAUUGUGAUGUUAACGGACAUUCUGAAGAUGGUGUUGAAACAGUGGAGAAUCCUGUAAUGCAUGAGUUUGCUGAGGAAGUUUCUGAAUUUCCACUAGAGCGAUGCAUGCGGUUACUGCCCCAUGAUCAGAACUCUGGAGCCUUCUUUAUAGCUGUAUUGCAAAAACAAUCUCCCCUGCCAGCAAUUGUGGUAAAAACUAGAAAAGAAGUUGAUAAUCAACAGGUAGAAUCAGUGAACCGUGGUAAUGAGGAUGUACAAGCAUUGCAGAUUAAUCCAUCAGAAAUUAUACACGAAGAAGUUUGUGAACAAGAUUCCGAGGAUAAUAAAAAUGAGCCCAACACUGCAGAUUCUAAAUUGAGUCCUGUUAUAGAUGAAGAAAGUGAUUCCAAGGAAGCCCAGGAGCCCCGCAAUGUAGAUAACAUAGCAAAUGUCACUCCAAGCAAAAGAAAGCUUCAGAUACAAGGCAAAUGGAGGGGCGUUGACCCUGUUGUCUUCUUCAAAGAUGAAGCAAUUAUUAAGAGUAUAAGGGCAUUCUAUGGUAUUGACGAGCAGUUCCCAUUAGAUGGUCACCUUGUAACAAGAAACAGUGAUACAAGUAAUGUAAAAAGACUUUACUACAUCUCCAAGUCAGUCAAGAAUGUUCUAGAGUUGAACUUCUCAGUUGGGCAGCAACUUAAAAUAACAUGUGUUGGCUUGAAAAUAUUUGAAAGACAAAAGUCGCGUGAAGGUAGAUCUGUAGAAUGUGCUUUCCGAAUCACUUCUGAAGGAUUACCCCUUAUCCUCCCUCACAUCACCAAACAGAUCCUAAGCGCAUCUCCUAUAGAUUUCAAGCAUCUUCUCCAGUAUAAAAAUAUAAAAUUUGCAGAUUUUGUCGAUGCUAAAUUUGGUGAAAAGGCAGCGAACUUAAUGCCAGGCUGUUGCGUGGUCGUUCUGGGUGAAGGGAACAAAACCGCAGAGGCCUUCCAAGUGAAUGAAUCAUCAAUAGCCAUUGUAUGCUGGAAGGGUGGCGCAAGUUUGACCGUGAUGGUUACCUCAAUAGAAUGCCAAGAACUGCUUGAAAGGCUUUUAAUGCGUCCAAACAAGGUAACAGAAAAGGGAUCCUCCAAGCAGGAGGAGAAGCCAUCUAAUAACGCUGAAGAUGUAAAACAGGAGUCAAACGGUAACAACCAAGACGUGGAAGCUGCUUGAUGUUAAAAGCCGGAGAAAUUUUAUUUAUCGGGCACAACCAACCAGACAUCAAAAUUCAUUUUGCAUUUAUAUUUUUUAUUGGUUGUGCUUAGUAGUCGUAAUCAUGCAAGACUUCAAGCAAAUAGUUAAAUCAUAAGUAGCCAUGGCUCAUUCCUACACGAGCAUUUUUUUUAAGUAAUGGCUCUUAACCUUUCUUUUGUACUCCCUGUUCUUCAUAGCAAAGCUAACAAACUGCUUCAAUUUUGUAUUAUUAUAUGGAUAACAAUAUUGGAUGGCUUAUGAAAGUUCAUCAACAUUGAACAUGUAUCAGUAUCAGUGAUAUAAUGGAUUGGGCAUUACGACACUUUCUGCGAGAUAAUUAAACUAUUUUUAAAAAAAAAUAAUAAUCACUGAAUAUAUUUAA